CUGCUAGUUUUUCGCUGCAUGAAGACCGCAGACGGGUGCAGAAUGCUGAAUUUUCAAACUGGAUUUAUGCUUGUUUUAGCAAAUCAGGCACUAUGUGCGAUCCUCGACACUCCAUUAAUAAAUGUCAAGGUUAACACCAGCUGUGAGUGCGGCGAGCUGGCGGACGACGUGUCCUCGAGGAUCGUCGGCGGCACCGAGACCUCGCCCCACCUCUACCCGUGGAUGGCGGCCAUCCUCAGCCUCGGCAGGCUGCACUGCGGCGGCUCAGUCAUCAACGACCGCUACGUCCUCACGGCCGGCCACUGCAUCAGCGGGGCCACGGAGGACGACGUGGCUGUGUUUCUGGGCGCGCACGACCUGCGCGAGGCGCCGGCAGAGAGGAUCGUCGCCGUCGACCGCCUCAUCUUGCACGAGUCGUACGCGAGCGACUACGCCCACGACUCCGACGACAUCGGCCUCAUCAGACUCAAGGAGCGGCUGGGCUUCGACGCGGCCGUCGCGCCCGUCUGCCUGUCCAGGCCAGACAAGGACUACACCGGCAGGACGUGCGAGGUGGUGGGCUGGGGCCUCACGGCCCACGACGGCGAGACCUCGCCCCACCUGCGCCGCGCCGCCGUCACGGUGCUGGACCAAGGGCUCUGCAGGGACAACGACGCCGUCGGCGGCCACCUGCGCGACACCGUCAUGUGCGCCUACACGCCCGGCGCUGACGCCUGCCAGGGAGACAGUGGGGGACCACUUUUGUAUGAAGCUCGACCAGGAAAAGUCGAACAAAUAGGAAUUGUGUCCUGGGGUAUCGGUUGCGCAGAGCAGGGAGUACCUGGCGUGUACACGAAAGUAUCCGCGUACCUCAACUGGAUCAAGAUAAACACGGCAGACGCCAUAUACUGCGAAAAACGUUUUUUGUGAUCUAAAACUAACAUCACUCUAACAUGUUUUAGUUUAGUUUUAUUAAAUUUUCACUUUACUGCAAUCUUUGAACAAUGUUUAUAGUAGAUAGACUUAAAUAUCGCCAUGAUUUAUUGCAUUCAUGUAAAAACUUAGACUCAAUAAACUCAUUUUAACAAAUUAA